CUCUGUUGUCCUCCGUUUUCCAUCCACCCCCGCCUCCUUUCUUUCUUUCUUUCUCUCCCUCCCUCCUCUCCCCCGAUCCAGAUCCCCCUCGUCCCUCUCGUCGUCCUCGGCGGCGGCAUCUGGGUGAGCCACCGGGCCGCCGCCGCCGACUGCGAGCGGUUCCUAGAGCGGCCGGUCAUCGCACUGGAGGCACUGCUCCUGCCGCGUCUUCAUCGUCUUCUCCUUCGUCGUCACCAACCGCGUCCGGACCUCCCCCAAAGGCGAAUCGGCGAUGAGUUCCACCGGAGGCGUCGCUGGCCGCGGCAAGGCGAAGGCGACCAAGUCGGUGUCGCGGCCGUCCAAGGCCGGGCUCCAGUUCCCCGUCGGCCGCAUCGUGCGCUACCUCAAGGCCGGCAAGUACGCCGAGCUUGACGCCGACUUCCUUGUGACCUCCAUGGACGACAUCGACAAUGAGGAGGAGGACAACCAGGAUCUGCGUCCCACUGCCUCCCACUUCAACGCCGACCGCAUCCUCGCUUGUUCCACCGGCUCAGUCCGCUGCUCCGGCCGCCCCCCUCUGUCCGCUCGCCGGCGGAGGGUUCGGCGCUUGUUUUUUCGGCGAGGUUGCUCUGGGGCGUGUGGUGGAAGGGGAAGGGGAAGGAGUAUGGCGGGGAAGGGGAAGGCGGAGGAGGUGUACGUGGCGUCGAUCGACCAGGGCACCACCAGCACCAGGUUAUGUCGACAGGGUGAUCAGGUUGGGGGGCUGGUGUCGGCCGGAUGGACCAACGACACCCACAACAUGUACAUCAGCUCCAUGGAGGCGUCCUUCAUGCAGCAGCUCCGUGGGCAGCAGCAGCACCACCACCACGCCACUCCCGACAGGAGCAUGAUCCAUGUGGGUAGUGGCCAUGGGCUCAAGGUGCUCCAAGAGGGAGCCUCUGAUAACCUCGGGUCUAAGAAGAACGUGCCUCGCCCGCGUGAUGUUGGUCCACGAGGCCUGCCUGAGGAUCCAUGGGCGAGGUGUUUCAAGCCGCGUGAUUCCGCUAUGAAUCGUCGUGGUGAUGGGGUUGGUGCUUCCGGUGGUGAAUCGGGCACCGAUACAGUUCAAGCGAUGGCUCCAAAGCAUGGAAGAGGAGUGAGCACUUGUGUCGGAGGAAAUCCUAUUGACAGAACCUCAGAUUUGUAGAAGCUGCCGCUGCUGUAGGUGGAACAGGAAGAAGCCCUCAUGGCUGCUGCACAUCUGAAGUGGUGUUUUGUGUUCUGGAAGAUGGAAGAGGAAGAAAACUUAUUUUUGUUGAACUAAAUUUUCUGUAUUCUGUUUUGUUGUACGUAUCAUUUGAUAGUUUUGUAUAGGAACAAGUGAUUCUAUUUUGUACGGCUUUAUGGCCCGUGAUGUAAACAUAUUUAGUGCUGAAAUAUGAAAUGAUUUGCAAAAUUUGUCGAAAAGGAGGAUCAUUUGUACGAAUA